CGGUGCACCUGUUUGGUCUGACCUGGCGUCUCCGCCAGGGGGGGCAGGGCCAGCUGUAUGAGAACGGCCUGAGCAGCGUGGAGCAGCAGGACAACGUGGGGCAUGGCGGGCACAGCGGGCACGGUGCAAGCCCCACCAGCCCCAUCUUCUCCUCUGACACACACGGCCCUGAACACACGCACAUCGGCGACAAGGAUAAGUGGGUGCGUGGCCGUUCCAUAGACCGUGGAGAGGUGGACAUUGGGACCCAGCAGACUCAAGCCAUCCCUCCUGGUCUGUUCUGGAGGUUCCACCUGACAGUGCACCACCCCACCUAUAUCAAGUUCAACCUCUCUCUGUCCCACAAUGCACUGCUGGGGGUCUACGGGCGCCGAAACGUACCGCCCACUCAUACGCAGUUUGACUUUGUCAAGCUGCUGGAUGGGAAGCAGCUGCCCCGAAGCCUGGCUGAUCCAGGGUCUGCCCCUGGGGGCCUCCUGCUCAGCGCUCUGCAGGAAACGGGCUUCAUCGAGUACAUGGACCCCGGCACCUGGCACCUUGCUGUCUACAACGACGGCCGCAGCUUGGAGCCUGUGCUGCUGCACAGCACCCCUAUAGAUACUAUGGACGGGUGCUCCACCAGCUGUAAUGGGAAUGGGGAGUGCGUGGCAGGGCACUGUCACUGUUUCGCUGGCUUCCUAGGACCGGACUGUGCCAAAGACUCGUGCCCGGUGCUGUGCAGUGGCAACGGUGUGUACGAGAAGGGUCGCUGCGCCUGUCUGGAAGGCUGGAAGGGGGCGGAGUGUAACGUGGAAGAGGGGCAGUGCAUCGACCCCACCUGCUCCAAUCACGGCUCCUGCAUCCAGGGAAUUUGCAUAUGUAACCAAGCCUACAAGGGAGUCAACUGUGAACAAGUGGACUGUGUGGACCCCCAGUGUGCGGGGAACGGGGUGUGUGUGCGCGGAGAGUGUGUGUGUUCUGCGGGCUGGGUGGGUGUGAGCUGUGAUGAGCCCUUGCCUGCGUGCCAGGACCAGUGUUCCGGUCAUGGUACAUACCUGUUGGACACAGACACCUGCGCAUGCCAACCCAACUGGACCGGACCGGACUGCUACAUAGAGCUGUGCCCGGUGCCGUGUGGCAGUCAUGGCGUGUGUAACGCGGGCCAGUGCCAGUGUGAGGAGGGCUGGGUUGGUGCGGCUUGCGACCAGAGGGCGUGCCACGCCCGCUGUGAGGAGCAUGGCCAGUGCCACGACGGGACCUGUGUGUGCCAGCCUGGAUGGGAGGGAGAACACUGCACAUUGGUCACUCAUGACUUGGAUGUGGUUGUGAAAGAUGGCUGCCCGGGGCUGUGUAGCGGGCAUGGCCGGUGUACCCUGGAGCAGAGUGGUUGGCGCUGCAUCUGCCAAUCAGGGUGGAGUGGACCCGGAUGCAGUGUCGUCAUGGAGACUGAGUGCAGCGACGGAACGGACAAUGACGGAGAUGGGCUGGUGGACUGCGUAGACCCAGACUGCUGUGUGCAGGUGAGCUGUGCAUCUGACCCGCUGUGCCAGGGCUCGCCAGACCCCCUGGCUCUCCUCCAGAGGACCGUCCCGGCCCCUCCACCCCCGCCCGCCCACCCCCCCUCGCACACGCAUGGUUUCUUCCAGCGCGUGGCCUUCCUCCUGGGCAGGGCUGCAACACACACUCUCCCGGGGGAGCUGCCCUUUGACCGCAG